AAAGACGAAAACAAGUUCAGUAGCUAGCAACAUUUCAGAUCACUAGCUUUAAUUAGUUACUCAAAACCUUCUAAUGUGUGUUCAAUAAAAUGUCCCGCAGUCACACCAUAUAAUCACUGAGGUAAUUCUAGGGCGUUAUGGUUACAACCAGCGGUACACGUUCGGAUGUUACACACUGUAGGUUUAACAGCAGUGCACUUUGACCCUAUAUGACACGAGCUGCAUGUGUCCUUUCUGCUUGUUGUUGGACUGGUGUCCCAAAUGACAGUACACUACCCCCAUGGUCAACACUACCCCCCUGGUCAACACUACCCCCAUGGUCAACACUACCCCCAUGGUCUACACUACCCCCAUGGUCAACACUACCCCCAUGGUCAACACUACCCCCAUGGUCAACACUACCCCCAUGGGCCCUGGUCAACACUACCCCCAUGGUCAACACUACCCCCAUGGUCAACACUACCCCUAUGGGCCCUGGUCAACACUACCCCCAUGGUCAACACUACCCCUAUGGGCCCUGGUCAACACUACCCCCAUGGUCAACACUACCCCCAUGGUCAACACUACCCCCAUGGUCAACACUACCCCCAUGGUCAACACUACCCCCAUGGUCAACACUACCCCCAUGGUCAACACUACCCCCAUGGUCAACACUACCCCCAUGGUCAACACUACCCCCAUGGUCAACACUACCCCCAUGGGCCCUGGUCAACACUACCCCUAUGGGCCCUGGUCAACACUACCCCCAUGGUCAACACUACCCCCAUGGUCAACACUACCCCUAUGGGCCCUGGUCAACACUACCCCCAUGGUCAACACUACCCCUAUGGGCCCUGGUCAACACUACCCCCAUGGUCAACACUACCCCUAUGGGCCCUGGUCAACACUACCCCUAUGGGCCCUGGUCAACACUACCCCUAUGGGCCCUGGUCAACACUACCCCUAUGGGCCCUGGUCAACACUACCCCCAUGGUCAACACUACCCCUAUGGGCCCUGGUCAACAUUACCCCUAUGGGCCCUGGUCAACACUACCCCCAUGGUCAACACUACCCCUAUGGGCCCUGGUCAACACUACCCCUAUGGGCCCUGGCCAACACUACCCCUAUGGGCCCUGGUCAACACUACCCCUAUGGGCCCUGGUCAACACUACCCCCAUGGUCAACACUACCCCUAUGGGCUCUGGUCAACACUACCCCUAUGGGCCCUGGUCAACACUACCCCUAUGGGCCCUGGUCAACACUACCCCUAUGGGCCCUGGUCAACACUACCCCUAUGGGCCCUGGUCAACACUACCCCUAUGGGCCCUGGUCAACACUACCCCUAUGGGCCCUGGUCAACACUACCCCUAUGGGCCCUGGUCAACACUACCCCUAUGGGCCCUGGUCAACACUACCCCUAUGGGCCCUGGUCAACACUACCCCUAUGGGCCCUGGUCAACACUACCCCUAUGGGCCCUGGUCAACACUACCCCUAUGGGCCCUGGUCAACACUACCCCUAUGGGCCCUGGUCAACACUACCCCUAUGGGCCCUGGUCAACACUACCCCUAUGGGCCCUGGUCAACAUUACCCCUAUGGGCCCUGGUCAACAUUACCCCUAUGGGCCCUGGUCAACACUACCGCACUACCCCUAUGGGCCCUGGUCAACAUUACCCCUAUGGGCCCUGGUCAACACUACCCCUAUGGGCCCUGGUCAACACUACCCCUAUGGGCCCUGGUCAACAUUACCCCUAUGGGCCCUGGUCAACAUUACCCCUAUGGGCCCUGGUCAACACUACCGCACUACCCCUAUGGGCCCUGGUCAACAUUACCCCUAUGGGCCCUGUUCAACACUAUAAGACAAGGUGCAGCAGAGAGUCUACUAGUUAAUGAUUGCUGUGUGUAUAUAAGACAAGGUGCAGUAGAGAGUCUACUAGUUAAUGAUUGCUGUGUGUAUAUAAGACAAGGUGCAGUAGAGAGUCUACUAGUUAAUGAUUGCUGUGUGUAUAUAAGACAAGGUGCAGUAGAGAGUCUACUAGUUAAUGAUUGCUGUGUGUAUAUAAGACAAGGUGCAGUAGAGAGUCUACUAGUUAAUGAUUGCUGUGUGUAUAUAAGACAAGGUGCAGUAGAGAGUCUACUAGUUAAUGAUUGCUGUGUGUAUAUAAGACAAGGUGCAGUAGAGAGUCUACUAGUUAAUGAUUGCUGUGUGUAUAUAAGACAAGGUGCAGUAGAGAGUCUACUAGUUAAUGAUUGCUGUGUGUAUAUAAGACAAGGUGCAGUAGAGAGUCUACUAGUUAAUGAUUGCUGUGUGUAUAUAAGACAAGGUGCAGUAGAGAGUCUACUAGUUAAUGAUUGCUGUGUGUAUAUAAGACAAGGUGCAGUAGAGAGUCAACUAGUUAAUGAUUGCUGUGUGUAAUAAAAGCAGAAGGGUGACAAACUGAUCAAGUGUUCAACUCUGCCGCACCCUUCUGCAUCUUAGCACCAAUCAGUUACUACCACAUUCUGAGCUGAACUCGCAAGACAAGUUGUCAACAAUUCCAUUCACACCCAGUUACACAGCCACACAUGGCAGAUCCUUAAGAUAUUCAUGUGUGAAUUGGAAAUGUGUUUUUUUGCAUAUCCCAACUCCCCCUGAGACACCCUCAGAGGGGUCAUGGCCAGCCAUUAUCCCACCCCUCAGAGGGGUCAUGGCCAGCCAUUAUCAACGGCGACCUUGGAGCAAUUAGGGUUAAGCGCAGAUUUGUUUCGCCGGCUCAGGGAUUCGAACUAGCAACCUUUCGGUUACUGUCCAGCUAGGCUACCUGACAUCAAUCUAUGCGUACAGUACAUAUAAACAAAAUGACCUGCUCUCUUGAUCUCUUUCUCAAAUGUACAAAUUCACCCAAACGAUACUGUGUACUCUACUUUACAUACUAGUCAUUUAGUAGACACUUAUCAAGAGCAGCAGUUGGUGACUGAACAUAAACA